AUGUCAGAAUAUUUUUCUAAAUUGGUAUCAAUUAUAUUCUUAACUUUUAGUUUAGAGCCACAAGUCCUAAAGCCACAAUUCGUCAUUCUUAAAGUAUGUAAACAAUCAAUUGUACGAGUUAGGAAAAUAAUUACCUAAAGAUUUUGCUUAGCAAAUCCUUGACAAUGACAUUAUAUUAGUUCUUAGUGAAUACACUAAUGAUGAUGCAUUAAGAAAUCUAAUCAACUUAUAUAUGGUAACUUAUAUUCAUAUUUAUAUUUAGUUAGGAGUUGAACACUUUAAAGAAAUUCAAGAUUAAUCAUUCAAAUAUUUUCAAAUUCAAUUGAAUAAAUUAAUACUCAAUCCCAUUGUUACUUAACCUACUUUGCCUUCUCAAUAAAAGCCUUCAGAAUCUCCAAUUAUUAAGAAAAAAAAUCUCCCACCUCCUAAAAUAGAUGUUCAUAUUAAUCAAAAUCAUUAAGAAAAUUAACAUUUACAAUAUUCCAAAACUGCUCAAGUUAUAAGAGACACUAAAGCAUCUACAUUUCAUUUUAAUGAUGAUUAAAUUACAAAAAAUCUCAAUUUAAAAAAUGACAAGCUCAACACUAAGAAUACUUCAAGUGUUGAUUUUGAUAAUGAAAAAAUACAAAAUGAUAUCUAAAAUAGAAUAUAAUCACAAUAAGAUGAAAGAAAAGAAAAUAUGACUUUAGAUUUAAAAUAAUAACUAUUCUUAUUUGAUGAAAAUAAAGAAGCUAAUGAUCUUAUUGAUCAAUAUAAAUCUGAUUAACUCAAAAUUGAACAAAUUAAAAAUGACUAAAUAAGUAAAUAAACUACAGCAUUCCUUAUGAAACUAUCAUAAAGAAAUAAUAAAAAAAAAUUUAAUACACAAAUUGUUACUAAUAUCAAUAGAUAUCAUUCAUAACCAAUUUUACAAAAUCAAAAUGGAAAUAAUGCAGAAUAACCUCCUCCUAUUCAAGAAUAAAUUAUACUUGAAGAUAAAAAUGAAUCAAGCUCUAAAAUCACCUCUAGCGAAAAAAAAAUUAAUAAAUUUUAAUUUGAUGAUUUAUAAGAGGGUUGA